CCGAGGCGUGCGUGGCCCCGCCCCGCGGGCCGGCUGCCGCGGAGCCCACUGGGAAGCGGGGCCGAGGCCGGGUCACCUUUACCGGGCGGCGCAGGCAGGGGCUUGGCUCUGGCAACCGCGCUGCGAUGUGGUUCGAGAUCCUGCCUGGGAUCGGCGUCAUGGCCGUGUGCCUGGUCAUCCCCGGCAUAGCCACGGCGUACAUCCACAGGUUCAGUAACGGGGGCAAGGAAAAAAGGGUUGCCUAUUAUCCAUAUCAAUGGAGUUUGAUGCAAAGAGAUAGGCGAGUCUCUGGAGUUAAUCGUUACUAUGUGUCAAAGGGUUUGGAGAAUAUCGAUUAAGGAAGCAUUUUCCCGAUUGAUGAAAAAUAACUCAGUCAUACUCAUCUACCCCUUCUAGAAGGUUAUGCAGUGUAUUAAUGUAGUGCAUAAUAAAAACAACCAAAAAGUAAAAUC